GAUCCUCAGAGAAUUGCCGCCUUCUCUCUCUCUCUCUCUUCCUCUCUUUCCCCUCCUCUGAAAGACCCCGGAUUCUGGCGAUCCCCGGCGUCACCGUGCUGGUUGCGGUCAUUCACGAAGACUUGUGAUCCCUAGAAGCCAAGGGAUGGUCGAAUAGUGAAUCCGAUGGCGGGUUUUGUCGACGUCGUCUACAGCAAGGGUUGCGCCCGCCUCCUCUCCAGCGGUCCUACCAAUUUUCCGGCGAUGGGAGGUCUUCGCGGCGGCUGUCCUCCUGCAUCUCCGGCAUCGUCUGGCGUCACCGGACCCUUCUCAGGGCUGGUUAUCUGCGUCACAGGCUUGUCCAAAGAAGCAAGAAAGCAAGUGAUGGAGGCAACAGAGAGAUUGGGCGGUCAAUACAGCUCUAGCUUGCAUCCUCAAUGCACUCAUCUUGUGGUCCAGAGUUUUGGUAGCCGCAAGCUUGAGCAUGCACUGAAACAUGGGUCUCAGAAUGGCCUUCUUGUUGUUAGCUUGGCCUGGUUUGUAGACAGUGUCAGGCAGAAUGUUAGGCUGAGUGAACCACUUUACAGUGUCAGAAGUUCUGCCAGUGCUGGGUUGCCUAUGGAGGACUCGGGUCGGCUUACAUCAUUUUCAGAAGCUGAAAAUUCUUGCUUACCUGCAGCUGUGCUUGAGAAAAUGGAGUCACCUGGCAUGAACUUGCAGGCACAUAUCCGUUCCUUUGGAAAGGAUCUUGGGGCCAGCAAGGGAUCCACGCUUGCUGGUGCCUGCAUAUUUAUUGAUCCAGACAUUUCUAGUGAGCUUCAUAACAAGGUACUUGAAGCUGCAAUUAGAGAAGGAGCCAUGUUCGUAGACAAGUGGUUUAUCGGAUGUAAGGCCACUCAUGUAGUCUGUGAGGAAGCUUUUAUUCAGAGAUAUAUCGGAUAUACUGGAAAUCUUGUCACACCACUGUGGAUCUUGAAAACAGUGAAGGAGAAGCGUAUGCAGAGACUUAUCCAUUUUUCAGCUGAUCUUGCACGGCAGAUAGGCAUGAUACUUAGCAGUGCAAUUCGUCUUGACUUGCAGGAAAGAAAUGGAAUACGAUGGCCUUCUAGCACUGGAAUCUCAUCUGCAUACAAAAGUAUUGAAGAGCGUGUUGAAGAAAGGCAACAGAAAGUAGAUUCAGCCAAGAAGGGCAUCCGAAAUCGACGUGGACGUCACACCCAAUCAUUUCAACCAUCAAUUCGACUUAUAACUCCAUCCAGCCUUCUUGAUUCAAUAGGCUGGUCAAUUUCUGAGCCAGCUUCUGCAGCCUGUGUAUUCUUGGAUGCUUCUGGGGCAGAAGAUGUGAGUGAACGAGCGCCCUGUUUCUUUGAUACUCAUGGUGAUGGAGAAGGUUCUGAUAUUGGAGGGGAUACUCCGUCACGCACUUUGAGAGAAAGUGAAAAGAGAGAGGUGAUAUUCAAGGGUCCAUUCCUCACCAUACUUUUCCCAGUGGAUCGUUUUGAUGAGAUGGGGCCUUCAUUGAGAACAUAUUUUAGUACUAACGGAUUCACAUGCUUACAGAUUUUGGAUCAUAUUUAUUCAUUUUAUCAGGAGAAUAUGUCAGCUGAUGAAAUAGAACUUGCAAUCAAUACGGACUCAAGGUAUGGUGAUCAGCUGAGGUCUGUAUAUGCCAGCAAAAGAUCCAUAGAAAAUGGCCUUGUGUCUUUCAAAAGGUUAAACUUUUUGGGCACUCGCAAGAAUUUUGAGCAAUUGAAGCGUGUCGGUGGGGAGAGCGGAAGCCAUGUUUAUGAACUGCUAUUGGGGUCUUGAGCAGAUUUCACAGCCUGAAGUAAAAGUUCCGGGAAAAAAGAUGGUUAAAAUUUCUGUUCAGCAACCAAGCUGAAUCUGAGGUGAAUGCUGCAGGCGAGGUUUCUCAAGCUGAUUAAAAAUGUCAUUGACUUCGAUAUUGAUAAAACUAAUGAAACCUCUCCCUAUGAUGACCAAAGUUUUCAAAACCAGAUUCCCAGCCAAUUGCAGUUACCUUUGACAGCAUUCGAACUUAGGAACAUCUUCAAAUAACAAAUCCACAAUUUCAAAUCAAUUAUCUGAAGUUCCGGUGUUACAUUUGCAUUGCUUUCUCAAGUAAACAUAUAUCAGAUUAAUAGGUCUUGAAGAGAUUUACUUUUGAAAGUAUCCUUCUCGUUCACAAUUGACAUAUCAAUUACCAACCAUACAAAUGAGCCUGAUUCUUGAGGUUCAUCAGUUUGUUGCUGUCUGUUGCAGCUGGUUUUCUGUUUUUGUAUAUACUAUUAGCCCAAGAAACUUGUUCCAUAUGUUGUUUGACAGAAACACUUAGUUUGGAAAUAAUUUCAAAGUGAAAUUUCUCAAGUUUUGAAGAUCUUAUUUGAAACUAAAAAAGUUUUAAAGGUUAGGUUGUUCUGUAGAUAGGUAACAACAUUUACAACCCAACCUUCAAUUGUCUUAAAUUUUGUGUUUACAUCCGAACGUACUUUAGAUGAGCCAAAAUUUUGUCGAAAUUCUCAAGCCUCAUGCUUGGGUUGAUAUCGUCUGUUUCAGCUCACCUGCCUGUCUGAAAGUUUUGGUCUCCUAGAUUUUACUGUUAGCAUGAAAAACAGCUCAUAAUUAGAACUGAAAUGCUUCAUAUUUUUCAAACCGAUACUUUGGUCAUUAUCAAAAUCAAUGGCAUGUUAUCCACGUCUUGAGAUCGCCGUUCUUGUGUUGAUAUUGCUUUAAAAGGAGAAUGACAUUAUGGCCCUGUCUAUAUUAAAGCUUUUGCUCUAUGUUGUAGUUUCAUUUCCAAUGACAGUAUGUCAUCCCAAGGUGUGAGCGUUAUAUAUCACCUCUAUUUUUUUGUAAGAUAUUGCUCCACUUUUUAUCCUUUUAGCUCCACUUAUGCAUAGUUUAGGUUCAGGUUUUUCUUGUAUUUCAGGACGAGUAAACUCAUUGUGGGUACUUGUACAUUUUCCCGGUAAAAGAUGAAAAAUAUCUUGAUGUGC